CUGCGCUGAGGCGCUCGCUCUGGUGGUCAAGUUUGGGCGACCCGCGCGGAGGAGGGUCGGGCUGACUGCCGCCGCUGAGCUCUCCCCGGACGGGAGCGCCUUUCCACGGCACUCACCCCCUCCAGCGGUGGAAAUGUGGAGAAGUAAGUGGGAGGCGGUGUCGGGAGCUGACUCCUCUUAAAACGGUCGGCGCCGCUGCUCUGAAAUGGGCGGCUAAGUGCUUGUGGGACUAAGGGCGGCCUCAGAUAUGCCCGGAAAACCGCUGCCAGAGCGCGGCGCAGACGCGGCCGACUUGGAGGUGUCCGCGGUGCGGGCUGCUGCCCACGCCGCUCAGACCAGGGGCUGAGGGGUCAGUCCCCACCUCGGCCGAAGCACUCUGAGCCGCGUUAAGCCACCUCGUCCGCCCGGCUUUCAUCGCACGGGCCAGAGGAAAGUUCCCGCGGCCCCCACGCCUCUUCACAGCUGCUGCGCCUCCCCUGCUUUUGGCUCUGCAAGUGCCCACUUGAGUCGGGAGAGGUCCUCGGGCCGCCCCAACUGCCCGCCCCACCUAGCAGUCCCUCCCGGCCCCCGUCCUCGCGGUGAGGCGCUCCCCGCCCCCUCGCUCCCCUCCCCCAAACCACAGCCCGAGCUCGCUCUUGCGCGCGCGCUCUCUCGGGCCCAAGUGAAUAGUCCUCGCGCGAGCGGGACACUGUGGUGGAUGCAAUUCCCCUCGCCUCCAGCCGCGAGGAGCUCUCCGGCGCCGCAGGCAGCGUCCUCCUCCGAAGCAGCCUCACCUGCACCUAGGCAGCCUGGACCCUCGUGCCCUGUUCCCGGGACCUCGCGCAGGGGGCGCCCCGGGACACCCCCUGCGGGCCGGGUGGAGGAGGAAGAGGAGGAGGAGGAAGAAGACGUGGACAAGGACCCCCAUCCUACCCAGAACACCUGCCUGCGCUGCCGCCACUUCUCUUUAAGAGAGAGGAAAAGAGAGCCUAGGAGAACCAUGGGGGGCUGCGAAGUCCGGGAAUUUCUUUUGCAAUUUGGUUUCUUCUUGCCUCUGCUGACAGCGUGGCCAGGCGACUGCAGUCACGUCUCCAACAACCAAGUUGUGUUGCUUGAUACAACAACUGUGCUGGGAGAGCUAGGAUGGAAAACAUAUCCAUUAAAUGGGUUGGAGGAACACAAUAUGCAAAGCCAGCGUUUGUUUCUUGAGACCAUUCCUUUCAGGGGCUUGUCCCUCUUGAAGCACAUGUCAGCACAGUGGGAUGCCAUCACUGAAAUGGAUGAACAUAAUAGGCCCAUUCACACAUACCAGGUAUGUAAUGUAAUGGAACCAAACCAAAACAACUGGCUUCGUACAAACUGGAUCUCCCGUGAUGCAGCUCAGAAAAUUUAUGUGGAAAUGAAAUUCACACUAAGGGAUUGUAACAGCAUCCCAUGGGUCUUGGGGACUUGCAAAGAAACAUUUAAUCUGUUUUAUAUGGAAUCAGAUGAGUCCCACGGAAUUAAAUUCAAGCCAAACCAGUAUACAAAGAUCGACACAAUUGCUGCUGAUGAGAGUUUUACCCAGAUGGAUUUGGGUGAUCGCAUCCUCAAACUCAACACUGAAAUUCGUGAGGUGGGGCCUAUAGAAAGGAAAGGAUUUUAUCUGGCUUUUCAAGACAUUGGGGCGUGCAUUGCCCUGGUUUCAGUCCGUGUUUUCUACAAGAAGUGCCCCUUCACUGUUCGUAACUUGGCCAUGUUUCCUGAUACCAUUCCAAGGGUUGAUUCCUCCUCUUUGGUUGAAGUACGGGGUUCUUGUGUGAAGAGUGCUGAAGAGCGUGACACUCCUAAACUGUAUUGUGGAGCUGAUGGAGAUUGGCUGGUUCCUCUUGGAAGGUGCAUCUGCAGUACAGGAUAUGAAGAAAUUGAGGGUUCUUGCCAUGCUUGCAGACCAGGAUUCUAUAAAGCUUUUGCUGGGAACACAAAAUGUUCUAAAUGCCCUCCACACAGUUUAACAUACAUGGAAGCAACUAAUGUCUGUCAGUGUGAAAAGGGUUAUUUCCGAGCUGAAAAAGACCCACCUUCUAUGGCAUGUACCAGGCCACCUUCAGCUCCUAGGAAUGUGGUUUUUAACAUCAAUGAAACAGCCCUUAUUUUGGAAUGGAGCCCACCAAGUGACACAGGAGGGAGAAAAGAUCUCACAUACAGUGUAAUCUGUAAGAAAUGUGGCUUAGACACCAGCCAGUGUGAGGACUGUGGUGGAGGACUCCGCUUCAUCCCAAGACAUACAGGCCUGAUCAACAAUUCCGUGAUAGUACUUGACUUUGUGUCUCACGUGAAUUACACCUUUGAAAUAGAAGCAAUGAAUGGAGUUUCUGAGUUGAGUUUUUCUCCCAAGCCAUUCACAGCUAUUACAGUGACCACGGAUCAAGAUGCACCUUCCCUGAUAGGUGUGGUAAGGAAGGACUGGGCAUCCCAAAAUAGCAUUGCCCUAUCAUGGCAAGCACCUGCUUUUUCCAAUGGAGCCAUUCUGGACUACGAGAUCAAGUACUAUGAGAAAGUCUACCCACGGAUAGCGCCGGCAUUUUGGCACUACCUGCGGGUAGAAGAACAUGAGCAGCUGACCUACUCUUCCACAAGGUCCAAGGCCCCCAGUGUCAUCAUCACAGGUCUCAAGCCAGCCACCAAGUAUGUAUUUCACAUCCGAGUGAGAACUGCAACAGGAUACAGUGGCUACAGUCAGAAAUUUGAAUUUGAAACAGGAGAUGAAACUUCUGACAUGGCAGCAGAGCAAGGACAGAUUCUCGUGAUAGCCACCGCCGCUGUUGGCGGAUUCACUCUCCUCGUCAUCCUCACUUUAUUCUUCUUGAUCACUGGGAGAUGUCAGUGGUACAUAAAAGCCAAGAUGAAGUCGGAAGAGAAGAGAAGAAACCACUUACAGAAUGGACAUUUGCGCUUCCCGGGAAUUAAAACUUACAUUGAUCCAGAUACAUAUGAAGACCCAUCCCUAGCAGUCCAUGAAUUUGCAAAGGAGAUUGAUCCCUCAAGAAUUCGUAUUGAGAGAGUCAUUGGGGCAGGUGAAUUUGGAGAAGUCUGUAGUGGACGUUUGAAGACACCAGGGAAAAGAGAGAUCCCAGUUGCCAUUAAAACUUUGAAAGGUGGCCACAUGGAUCGGCAAAGAAGAGAUUUUCUAAGAGAAGCUAGUAUCAUGGGCCAGUUUGACCAUCCAAACAUCAUUCGCCUAGAAGGUGUUGUCACAAAAAGAUCCUUCCCGGCCAUUGGGGUGGAGGCGUUUUGCCCCAGCUUCCUGAGGGCAGGGUUUUUAAAUAGCAUCCAGGCCCCGCAUCCAGUGCCAGGGGGAGGAUCUUUGCCCCCCAGGAUUCCUGCUGGCAGACCAGUAAUGAUUGUGGUGGAAUAUAUGGAGAAUGGAUCCCUAGACUCCUUUUUGCGGAAGCAUGAUGGCCACUUCACAGUCAUCCAGUUGGUCGGAAUGCUCCGAGGCAUUGCGUCGGGCAUGAAGUAUCUUUCUGAUAUGGGUUAUGUUCAUCGAGACCUAGCGGCUCGGAAUAUACUGGUCAAUAGCAACUUAGUAUGCAAAGUUUCUGAUUUUGGUCUCUCCAGAGUGCUGGAAGAUGAUCCAGAAGCUGCUUAUACGACAACUGGUGGAAAAAUCCCCAUAAGGUGGACAGCCCCAGAAGCCAUCGCCUACAGAAAAUUCUCCUCAGCAAGUGAUGCAUGGAGCUAUGGCAUUGUCAUGUGGGAGGUCAUGUCCUAUGGAGAGAGACCUUAUUGGGAAAUGUCUAACCAAGAUGUCAUUCUGUCCAUUGAAGAAGGGUACCGACUUCCAGCUCCCAUGGGUUGUCCAGCAUCUCUGCACCAACUGAUGCUCCAUUGCUGGCAGAAGGAGAGAAAUCACAGACCAAAAUUUACUGACAUCGUCAGCUUCCUUGACAAACUGAUCCGAAAUCCCAGUGCCCUUCACACCCUGGUGGAGGACAUCCUUGUAAUGCCAGAUUCCCCUGGUGAAGUUCCGGAAUAUCCUUUGUUUGUCACAGUUGGUGACUGGCUAGAUUCUAUAAAGAUGGGGCAAUACAAAAAUAACUUCGUGGCAGCAGGGUUUACAACUUUUGACCUGAUUUCAAGAAUGAGCAUUGAUGACAUUAGAAGAAUUGGAGUCAUACUCAUUGGACACCAGAGACGAAUAGUCAGCAGCAUACAGACUUUACGUUUACACAUGAUGCACAUACAAGAGAAGGGAUUUCAUGUAUGAAACUACCACAAGCACCUGUGUUUUGUGCCUCAGCAUUUCUAAAAUGAACGAUAUCCUCUCUACUACUCUCUCUUCUGAUUCUCCAAACAUCACUUCACAAACUGCAGUCUUCUGUUCAGACUAUAGGCACACACCUUAUGUUUAUGCUUCCAACCAGGAUUUUAAAAUCAUGCUACAUAAAUCCGCUCUGAAUAACCUGCAGAUAAAACGCUGGCCCACUGCAGAUUAUGGCUACGCAAUGGUAAAUAACUCAGCAGGGAUGUGUAAUUUUGUAUAAGCCGUAUAUGGGAAGUGUUCACGGACUUAACCUAAAGAAAUUUAUCCAGGUGGGGCUUCCUUAGUGAUGUAUGUAGAGUGCGAUGGUAGAUGAGAAAGAACUAGUUGACCUUUCUUUCAUGUUUUGUGAUCAAGUAGCUUCCAAACUGACAUAAAUGUUUCAUUUUUAGAUAAUUAUAUUCAGCUCUAUUGGUUGUAUUGUUACUUUAUUUUUUAAUAGUUUAACUGUUGGUGCCUGAUAUUGUUAGAAUUAUUUGCAGAAAUGACCAGUGAUAUCAUGUAAUGAAUUUUUGUGAGGUAUGACUAUGGUGAGAAGGGGGUUAUUAGGGAGGGAGAAAAAAAUACUGUGUUUAUAAAUCUUCUGAGGCUGGGUUUGUCAAUUUUUUAAAAAUUAACUUUAUAAUGUCAUACAUAUUUCAUAGCAGUUGGUAGUUUAAAGGCUUUUCACCUCUAAUUUUAUUUAUUUUUAUUUUUUAUUUUUUUUUACUAACUGUAGUAUAUUUCUCCACUACCUUAUGAAGACUGCUCCUGGAAAGACCAAGAGUGACUUCAUUGAUCUAAUGGCUUUCAUAGAGAAAAGCUUGGGAUAAAUCCAUGACUAUUUCCUUUGUGCAUUGUCACAAGUUUGCAAAAGCAAUUAUCAAAGCACUGAGAAAAUUAGUCAUUCUCAGUAGAAUUGCUUUGAAUAAAAUACAUUAGAUUAUACCCUUAGAUUUAAUGUAAAAUUAUUAAUUUAAUUUAAACAGAACUUUAUGAUAGAUACAUGGUGGUCCAAGACAAUAAACAGACUUAGCUGAUCAUUUGGUAUUGGUGCAUUUUGCAAGUUGAAGCAUUUUUAUGUUUUCUUUGCAAAAAUAAGUUACAUGAACAUGCUGAGAUCUUUUCCAAACCUUCUAAGAAAUAAGUAUGAAUACUCCAAAGAGUAUAUAAACAGAUCUUACACAUGAGCAUAGUGUGUCAACCUGGGUCCAACAUACAGUUACAUAAAAAUGAGAACACAGCUGUGUUGUUGUCAUAAUCUUCUGAGAGGCUUAAAAAAAGGUAAAUACAUAUUUUAAGUGAUUUAAGCUGAGUUGGCUUAUCAAAAUAGUGCUAUAUCUUAUGAACAAAUUAAAUUAUAAAAUCAGCUGCUCCCUGUAAAACUAAAAAAAUGAAGACUGUUUUAGGUGGAAGAGUAAGUAAAAUGUGUUGACAGAAAAAAACAGAGUAGGUUGUCUAAAGAUGCUGAUUUAAUAAAUUAGCUUUUGUUGGAUCUCAGUGAUAAUGGUGCCCUACCUACCCACAUUCUCAAAUUCCUAUCUAAAUUCAUUUUUUGUCAUAGUAGUGGUUUUUUUUUUUUAAAUAAAGGACCCUGUUUUGGUUUUUUGUUUUUGUUUUUGUUUGUUUGUUUGUUUAUUUGUUUUUGAGACGGAGGCGUUUUGCUCUUGUUGCCCAGGCUGGAGUGCAAUGGUGCGAUCUUGGCUCACUGCAACCUCUGCCUCCUGGGUUCAAGCGAUUCUCCUGCCUCCGCCUCCUGAGUAGCUGGGAUUAUAGGCACCUGCCACCACUCUCGGCUAAUUUUUGUAUUUUUAGUAGAGACAGGGUUUCACCAUGUUGGCCAGGCUGCUCGAACUCCUGACCUCAGGUGAUCUGCCUGCCUCAGCCUCCCAAAGUGCUGAGAUUACAGGCGUGAACCACCGCGCCUGGCCAUUUUUUCUUAUAUUUAGAUUUUGUUGAUUGUCCCAUUAUACUAGACCCUUCUACAUAUUUUCUUUUGCUGACUUAUCUCCUGAUUUUUCCCUACCACAGCUUAAUCCUUCUCAUUUCAAAACAAAUGUGUAAAGCAAAGCUAGAAGGAAGAGUCUUUAGAUGUUUCUUAAAAUAUACAAAAAAAGGUAGGGGGCGAUGGGAAAAUCAUCACUGUUUAAGUAAGUGUGCCAGAUACAGCUAGCCACAUUUUCCAGCCAUCAACCUGCAUGGUUGUGCAUCACUCAUAGACUAUCUGCAGUUUGCUUGAUACAUUUACACAAAUCUGGAUACAUUUAGAAGAAAUACAAAAUUUCCAUAUUUACCUAUCUUCAAAUGUAUAUUAAAUAAGAACAGAUGUAAAACAGAUUAAAUUUAUUAAUCAUAUAUUUAUUUUUAUAAUACAAAAAAGGUAUUUAGAAAAAUAAGGAAUAGAAUAAUAUGGUCUUCCACAGGACUCUGUCAGCACCAUCUGUGUACCUUGAAAUAAAUUCUAUUAAGUUAUUUAAACUUCUAUGGGAUGAGCAUUCAGUGAUUACAAGAUUAAAGGUGUCUAUUAAGAAUUUUUUUUUUUAAAUGUCUGAUGAUCCUAUUCUACAUCUGGUUAAUUUGUACUUAUUUUUUCUUUCCCUAACAUCUUUUUAUAGUAUCAUAAAACUACCUUUUUGCUUUGUCUCUCACCCCAUGUCUCCUUCAAAAUUCCUUUUAAAUUAUAUUUUUGUUUUUCAGAAUGGUAAGCAUGAUAAUUUUAAAUGUAACUUUGAACUUCAUUAUGGUUACGGCAAGACUGAAACAUGUGCAACAUUAAACAGAAACAUUAAAAUAUAA